AUGGAAUCUAUGAAUGAAAUCUCGUCGUCAACUCCGCCGAACUCCAAAGACAAGAUGAUGGAGCUUCCACCGUCGACUUCAGGAGCUUCUUUGGGAUCGUCUCUGGCUCUUGAUUGCGCCAGUGGUCCAAAGUCACUGCAUCUCCAAGGAAGCAAAGCUGGGAUUCCUUUUACCACCCCUUCUCUGCCUGGCCUUAACUCCCAUGUCUCCAACCCACCUCCGCCGUCUCAGGUUGUCGUUAACUCUGCUCCUUCGUCUCAGUUUUCAACAGAAGAAGCAAGAGACACACAAGUUCCUCCGUCAAACACUGAUUCUGGAUCUGUUUCUAUCCAAGCUGAGACUACUACUCAAUUUGUGCCUUUUUUAGGUUCAUGGGCUAAACCGCUCAUUUUCAAACCUCUUGCUACUCCUCCUGACCCAAGUACGCCAAGAGAAUAUGACUCUGUGGGAAAUCAGCUGGCUUCUCUUUGGCCAUCUCUUAAUAAUGAGAUCUUGAACAAGAAACAAAAAAGCAAAUUAAGUCCUCAGUCUCGCAAUCUGUUCCGGACCGCUUCACCUACGUACAGAUUUGAUGGUACACCAGAGGUAUCAAUCCCUUCUAAAGUUCUUAAAUUAGGACAUGAGAACAAGGAUGAGUAUAUCAUAGGCAAAUUCCAUAGGUGUUCUUUACCUCCGGGUGGACUUGUUCAUGCUGUAGCUAAUAAGAUUUGGGGAAGAAGCUGUAAGAUCUCUUGCAAAAAGCUGAGUGAGUCAUCCUAUAUGUUUCAUAUCCCUCACCAACCUACUCGCCAAUGGGUUAUUCAAAGAGGAGUUUGGCAUAUUGAUGAUUGUUUGCUUUUUGUGUUGCCUUGGACUCCGGAGGGAUCCUUUCAAAUACCAAAAGUUUCAACUCUUCCGGUAUGGGUCACUUUGAAAUACAUCUCUGAUUGCUGCUAUUCUAGACUAGGAAUUAGUCAUGUUGCCUCGGGUCUUGGAGAGCUUAUCUUGACACAUAAACCUCGUUUGGAUCCUACAAACAUGGGUGAAGCUAAAGUGCUAGUUGAGAUGGAGUUGGAUAGAGUUUUUCCAAAGCUUAUAGCUCUUGAUGAUAAGCAAGGUAGUAUUUAUCUGGUUAAAGUUGAAUACACAUGGAUCCCUUCCACUUGUGAGAGAUGUGGCAGCUUAGGUCAUAAAGUGAAGAGGUGUCUUAUGUCUUCUAAACCUCCAGAAAAUUCAGAUAUCUCAGUGGACGUGACUGCUGACAUAGCAAUUGUUGAUAUUGAUCACAUCUUGCAGCAACAAAAUGAUGAAACAGUUACAGGAAGUCUCCCUAUAACUUCUGCUAUGCCUCAUGUUGACUCUCAACCGGAGUUGAACAUAAACAUUCAGGAUGUUCCACGCUUGCACUCGGACUUGAUAGCGGAUUCUCAGGAACCAUAUGUUUCUACACAUGCCCCUAUGGAAUGCCAAGAUAUUCAAGUCUCAAAGAUCACCACUAGUUCCUCUACCCCACAGGUUCAAGAGGAUAUAACCAAAUAG